GAGGAGGCAGUGGCUUGGGGCGGAACAAUGCGCGGUUGAGGACGGUGCCGGUCCAAAGGCACGAGUUGUCCCUGGGCACGGGGCAGGCGGCCGCGCUGGAGGCGCUCCGGUGCCCAGUGACCUGACCCCAGAGGAGUGCCAGGAGCUGGAGAACAUCCGCCGCCGCAAGCAGGAGCUGCUGGCUGACAUACAGCGACUAAAAGAUGAGAUAGCAGAAGUUACGAAUGAGAUUGAGAACUUGGGCUCCACAGAGGAGAGGAAAAACAUGCAGAGGAACAAGCAGGUGGCGAUGGGCAGGAAGAAGUUCAACAUGGAUCCCAAGAAGGGCAUCCAGUUCCUGAUUGAAAAUGACCUACUGAAGAACACCUGCGAGGAUAUUGCUCAGUUCCUGUACAAGGGAGAGGGCCUCAACAAGACGGCCAUCGGGGACUACCUGGGCGAGAGGGAUGAGUUCAACAUCCAAGUCCUGCAUGCCUUCGUGGAGCUGCACGAGUUCACUGACCUUAACCUCGUGCAGGCCCUGCGGCAGUUCCUGUGGAGCUUCCGGCUGCCCGGGGAGGCACAGAAGAUCGACCGGAUGAUGGAGGCCUUCGCCCAGCGGUACUGCCAGUGCAACCCUGGCGUCUUCCAGUCCACAGACACCUGCUAUGUGCUCUCCUUUGCUAUCAUCAUGCUGAACACCAGCCUGCACAACCCCAAUGUCAAGGACAAGCCCACGGCAGAGCGCUUCAUUGCCAUGAACCGUGGCAUCAACGAUGGGGGGGACCUACCUGAGGAGCUGCUCCGGAAUCUCUAUGAGAGCAUCAAGAACGAACCCUUCAAAAUCCCAGAGGACGACGGCAAUGACCUGACCCACACGUUCUUCAACCCUGACCGGGAGGGCUGGCUCCUGAAGCUAGGAGGAGGCAGGGUGAAGACAUGGAAGCGGCGCUGGUUCAUCCUGACUGACAACUGCCUUUACUACUUCGAGUACACAACAGAUAAAGAGCCCCGUGGCAUCAUCCCCCUGGAGAAUCUGAGCAUCCGUGAGGUGGAGGACUCCAAGAAGCCUAACUGCUUUGAGCUCUACAUCCCCGACAACAAGGACCAGGUGAUCAAGGCCUGCAAGACGGAGGCAGAUGGACGGGUGGUGGAGGGGAACCACACGGUGUACCGCAUCUCGGCCCCUACGCCUGAGGAGAAGGAGGAGUGGAUCAAGUGCAUCAAGGCAGCCAUCAGUCGGGACCCUUUCUACGAGAUGCUGGCCGCCCGGAAGAAGAAGGUGUCCUCCACCAAGAGACAUUAACCAGCUCCGCUGGCCCUGCAAAGCCAGCGUGCCCCUGGCAGCCUGAGUAUCUCACCUCCCGGAGGGCUGCAGGGGCCCAGGACCCAGCUUCAGCUUCACAGUUUCUUUACCAUGGGGGGCACAAGCAUCCCGGUGGCCCUUGUCAUCUCCAGGACAGCAUGGAGCUGGGACACAGAACCCCUGCACACAGGGAGCCCUGUCCUGCCCUGGGCUCAGUGGCAGGAUGGGGAGUGUGGCGUGCAUGUGCUGUCCUGCCCUCCACGGGCACCAUCCCUGCCCCGACUCCCUCAAGUGUGCAGCCACACAUGCUGCCAGGACCCCCCAGCACCCACGUGCUGAAGCACUUGGGUGUCCUGUUGGGAAGGUGGAUGGCUGGAUGAUGGAAGGUUAACUGCUGGUGGUUUUGGGGUGCUGCGGGCACCAGCAAGAAGAGCAGCAGCCGAAGGGGGGCCCAGUUGUGGCACAACUCCUGGCCCUCGUUGUAGCGGGUCUGGAUCUGUCCUGGAUGUCCCCACGCUGCUGCCUUGGAUCCUCCCAGCUGUGCCCUGCACCCGGGACAGCCCCAUGGGCACAGGAAGGGUUGAGGGGCAGGGAGUUGUCACCAUCACGGUGUGCAGUGGUGCCACAUGGGGCACAGACGUUCUUGCCUAGCUGUGGGGUGCUGGAGCUCGGAUGAGGUCUCUGGUCCAGCAGCACUGGGUGGCAUUGCCCCGGGCAUGUCCCUUCAAUGCUAUGGAGGCUGUGCCAGGUGUGGUCAUUGUCUCCUCAAGCACGAGUCCUCAUUCCUGAGCAGGUGGUGGGAUGUGUCUGAAGCCUGGGCCAGGGACAGCUGCUGCUGAGGGGUCCGGCCGGGCUGGGGGCUGCAGCCCCCCUGCCUCUGCCUUGCAAACACCUGUGUCUUGUCCUGUUCCCCCAGCCACUGUGCUAGGUCUGGAGAGGCACCUGGAUCAGUAUUAGUCUAUUUAUCAGAGGUGUAAAUACUGCUGUAUAGUUUUCUCCUUUUAGAUUAUUUUGUAUGUCGGGUUGUUCUGUGCAGAGGCCUCUCCAGAGGGUGAGGGAUGGCAGGAUUUUUUUAUUCUAACAUUUGUUUUGUUUUGUUUUGCCACGGCCUUGUAAACUAGUGCUGAGGGUCUGCAGCAAAUAAACACCAAACGGUGCUCA